UUAAAGAUUUACUCCUGUGUGUAAAUGAAGUCGCGAUGCUCAAGAAACUAUUAUCUAAACAACAAUUUUAUCUAAGCAGCGUAUUUGUUUAAUAUCAAACAGAUAGAGUGAGUAACGGAUGUGACGCGUAAAACUUUUCAGGAAGUCAGUAAAGAAAUAGUUUAGUCAACUUCGUUUCGUGAUAAAAUUUGAUAACUCUUCACUUUCCAAUCUACAUAAUAUCUUUAAAUGCAUAGAAGGGGGAGUAUAUAUUUAUAGUUAAAUUUAGAAGAAAAACCAACUUUGGUGUCACAUUUUUAAUGCAAGAAAUGUACACUUGUGUGACAGUACUUUUUUUAUAUGCAUCUGAUGCAUCAUCUAAUCCAUCACGCCACCGAUUUGUGAAAUGAACUUUAGACCCCAUCUGCUUAUUUCCUAGUGAGUUGUAGCGUAAAUACUUUUUUCCAUGCUGUGAUCCCUGUGGCUAUAGUUAGAACGAUUAUGUGUUUUGAAUGAAUAGUGCUUGUUUAUGUAAUGGACAAAUAUUUUCCGAGUGAUUGAAAAUAUUUUGUGUUGUAUAUUAGUGUUCUUUUAUCGCAAUUUUGAAUAAAGAAACUGAAAUCAAAAUGAUUUUCAGUAGCAGUGAUGUUUUGACUCCUAUUCAGUUAAAGAAACUCGGUGAACAUAAAUAUAACAGUUGUGGUAGUACUCUUUUGGAUCCUCUUUUGCAGCCGUUUUGGAACUGGUUAGUAACCAAAUUACCUUUAUGGCUUGCGCCGAAUUUAAUGACUAUUUGUGGCCUUAUAAUUACUAUAGUAACUACUCUGAUACUGGUGUAUUACAGUCCAGAUGCUCAGCAAGAGCCUCCCAGCUGGGCUUUCCUUCUGUGUGCUGCUGGUCUUUUUGUGUAUCAAUCUCUCGAUGCUUGUGAUGGAAAGCAAGCAAGGAGGACAGGUUCCAGUUCUCCUUUGGGAGAGCUUUUUGACCAUGGAUGUGAUUCAAUAUCCACGGUGUUUGUCUCCUUGGGUAUAUGUAUUGCAGUUAAGCUUGGGGCAUAUCCCAACUGGAUGUUUUUCCAAUGUUUCAUCGCUAUAAUUUUAUUUUACUGUGCACAUUGGCAGACAUAUAUAACAGGAUCUUUAAGAUUUGGAAAGUUUGAUGUUACUGAAUGUCAGUGUACCAUAAUAGGUGCCCAUGUCAUAUCUGCAUUGUUUGGAACAAACAUAUGGUUGGCAAAGAUUCCUGUUUUGAAUGUUGAAGUUAGACUUGUGCCAAUUAUUUUAGCACUAUGUGUUUCAUUAGUGCUAUGCUACUUUCAUAUUGCUGCUCUCUGCAAAGGUGGAGUUGGAAAAAAUGGCUCAUCUGUAGCUGGUACAAGUGUUCUGUCUCCAUCCAUACCAAUAGGAAUUGUGAUCAUACUUGCUAUCACUAUUUAUCAGAAAUCAACUGAAAAUAUAUAUGAAAUGCAUCCCUGUCUCUAUAUUUUAGCUUUUGGCAUAGUGGCUGCAAAAGUCACAAAUAAAUUAGUGGUUGCUCACAUGACCAAAAGUGAAUUGGAUUAUUUUGAUUCCAUCCUCAUUGGACCGGGGAUGUUGUUUUUGAAUCAAUAUUUCAACACUUUUAUUAAUGAACACAUUGUCUUGUGGUUAUGCUUGGUGUAUUCUAUAGCUGAUUUGCUUCACUAUUGCACAAUAGUGUGUAAUCAGAUUUGUAGUCAUAUGAACAUUCAAUUAUUCAAAAUUACUCCUCAGCUGAAACAACCAAGCAGGUUGGCUGGAUUAGGUAACCAUCAAUCACCGAGUCCUGUGCGGCUUGGUAGCCAAAAAUUAUCUUAGGAUUUGCUAUUUAUAUGUUGUGUUUUAUCCAUUUUGUACAAAUGAAUGUAGCUUUUAGUUCAAAGCUACCACUGAAUAUAUGUUGCGUAUAAAUGCUCCUUUUCUAUAACAUUUUAGUACUUGUUGAAUUGCAAAUUAAAUGGUGGAGCAUUAAGAUAAUACAUUAAAAGAUCUUGUAAUUACUUUUUGUUUGAUCUAAUUUACUUGCUAAAAGUCAUACUUAAAAAUAUUAUUCUACUUAUUAUGAAGUAGCAUUUUAUUGAAUUAAAAAAUUGUGAAAUUUUAAAUUAUAUUUACCAUUGAAAAAUUAUAUAAAUCAAUCCCAUGCAAAAAAUUAUCUCCUCAAAAAAUUAAUUGUUCUGUUGUGCAAAUAACAAGCAGUUUUAUCAUUAUUUUUCAGUAAUAAUAAUAUGCAUUGACAUCUUAGCAAAUUUGUAUACCUGUAAAAAUUCAAUACCAGUCCAUAUUUUUGCAAAAUUUUGACAGAAAUAAAGUAGAUGAAUGGUCAGUUUCAGUUGAUGCAGACAUAGCAGGAUUUAACCUAAGAAGUUUUAUACAAUUUAUAAUCUUUUUCAAAUGGUGGAAUUUUGUAUGAAAGAAUGCAUAUGUAAUAGAAUUCUAAUUCUCUGUAAGAUAUUCAUUCUGUAUUUAUUUAUCAAAAUUUACACUUUGUGCUACUUUUCGAUUUUGGCUUAUUUUUUUUUAUAACUGCAUGUAUUAUUUUAUAAAAGAAGUAAUGUUAAAUUGUAUUCCCAAAAAGAAAUCAAUUUCAAGUCUCAAACCUCUUUUGGUCAAAAAGCAGAAUAUGUUGCAAGUAUUGGAAAUUUCAUCAACUUUAAAUAAGUAAAAAUUAUAAAAUACUUUUAUAAAGGUAUAUAUGUAUAUGUUACAGUGAAAAACUGUUACAGUUGACAUUCUCCGGUAAAUAUCAACAUUCACCCGAAUGAGACUGUCAACACUCAGCAGAAAAUGUUGGCAUUCUCUUAUUCCUCACUGUAGCAUAUAUAUAUAUAUAAUUAAAUUAGGUAAAUGCCAAUGUUUGAUUCUUUUAUUCUGGUUGCAAACAUUAAAACAUAAAAGCUUAAAAUUUUAUUAAAACACAUUUUUAUCUAAUUGUUGUUUCCAAUUUUCUAAAAUGUAUGAAAGAAGAAAUCCAGUCAAGACAUUGAGACAUUUAUUUUUCAAAAGUUGAAUUUUUAAAAUCAUUGUGAAUUAAAAAUUGUUACUCUUUAAUAUUAAGUAAUCAAAUUAAGAAAUAUUAGUUUAUUUUUCAAAAAUUGAAAUGCUGAAACCAUUCUAAAUUAAAAGUUUUUUUUAAAUAUUAUUUUUAAUUAACUAAUAAUUAAAGUAUAUUUUUCAUUAUUGUAUUUAAGGAUUAUUUGCAUGAUGCCUAAAUUAUUUUUGAUGUCCUUUGAGGGAUUUUAUGUCCAGAAAAAAUUCUUAGGAGCUUUUAUUUUAAAUCAAUCAAUAAUUUUUGUAUUUAAUAAUGCCUCUAAAAUAUUACAAGUACUUUAUUCAUGGUUGUUUAAGAAAAAUAUAAAUAAGUUAACUGCUUUUGAACCGAACAUGAAAAACGAAAAAAUAAUAACAAAUAAAUAAAUAAAAAUAUUAUUCAGAAAGUUAAAUUGUAUUGCAGCGAUUUAUUCUCUGAAAAUAUCAUAUUUAUGAUAAGUUUUUCCAAAUUUUACAUUAAAAUGGCUAAAAUGACCAUGUUUUAAAAUGAAUUCAUUUAUAAUAUUGAAGUGUUAAAACUGUGAAUCCAAAAAAUAACACAUAUUUAAAAUUAAUCUUUAUUUAUUUAUUUUUGCUUAAAUGGCAAACUGUAGACAUUUAAUAGUUGAUUGAUUGGUACUAAUAAAUAUAUUCAAGAUAUUUUUAAUGUAAUUUUUAAAGGAAUAUUGUAUGAAAAUUUGCUUUAAAUAAAUUAUUACCCUUUAAAUUCUCAUCCCUCCUUAAAAAAAAACUUGCUACUAUUUUUCAAUGUAAUAUGUGUAUUUGAAACUUUUGAAGGAUACUGAAAUAUAUUUGUAUCUGUGCGAGUUUGUCAAAGUACAAAAGAAUAGGUUUUUGCAUUAUUUAUUACAUCUUCUAUGUACAGUAAGUGUAAAUUUGUCUUCAGUUUUUAUUUGAAUCAAAAAAAAUUUAGGGUGUUUUUUAUUUAUUUCUGAUAAUUAUCUAAGAAAAAAAAAACUUUGUGUUUGAAACGGAUGACAAAGGAAUGUUUGUAGUUAAUAUUUAAUUACAAACCUGAACAUAUGUUAAUUGUAUUUAAACUCUCUCUGUAUCUAGUAAUUUCUGAAACUUAUUAAAACAAAUUAUUUGAAGUGAAAAAAAAGUCCUUUGUUUUGCUUUCUACUUAAAGUGUUUAUUCAUUUAUUUUUAAAAUUUUAUUUCCUUUUACUUGCUCAAAUAUUAUCAUUUGAUGCAUGCGAGUAUGUAAUUUUGAAAUACAUUCAUUUAUGCAGUUUAUUUUAUGUGCUUUGAGAUUGUUAUUUAGAAGCUCAAACCACUUUUUUUUUUAAAUGCUUAUUCAUUUGAAAUGUAUUUGUUGUUAUAAUGCAUUUUGAGUUUGAACUAUUUUUCUCCGAAAAUUCCAGUACCUCAGUUGUUUUUGUUUUGUGUUCCUUACUAUACUGCUCAAUCUUAAGCUUUUAAUUCAUACUUAUUCACUCUGUUAUAGUAAUUGACAUCUUUAGCAAGAUUUUAACCGAAUAUUAAAAAGAUAGUUUAAUAUUACUAGUCUUUACUUUCUGCCAAAUAAUUUGUUUUGUAAAUAUGAGACUGUGUUUUGAGUCAAGAUAUCUCAUUGUUUUUCUUUUUUUUAAUUUUAUUUUUAUGUGUCAAUCCAAUAAGAUUCUCACUUUUAUUUUUUUUAAAGAAAAAAUUAAAAUAGUAAAAAGAUUUCGAAUUUAUUCUGCCUUAUUUGUAUCCAUUUCAUUUUGUAAAAUCAUACAAAUUUUCAGAAUUGUUUAUGUUUCCUGAUUUAAGUCUGAUUCUUAUAAAAUUUGAUAUUUAAUAGCAAUUAAAAUGCAUA